AUGGCUGCGUCAUCAAGAUCGGCAACAAUUGUGGAAUUGAAGCGAAUGUUUUCUAAUUUGGAUUCGUCAGUAAUUGAAAGUGUUUUGUCGGCUAAUCGUGGUCAAGUUGAUGUAACUAUUGAUCAGCUCCUUACAAUGGCAAUCGAUACUGAAAAUCAAAAUAACAUUCAUCAAGCAGUACCACACACACCACUUCGACAAUUACCUGUCGUUCCAAACAUAUACGAUGAUGAUCCACCACCUUAUCCUGGUCAUGAACGCGAAGCAUCAGCUAGUAAUCAUUCAACGACUAUGCAGCCGUUUUCUCAAUCUUCGACAUCUUUAACUCCACAUUCUUCAGAGAAUAGUGAUUACGCGAAACAAGAUCUUCAAGUUCGUCGAUGGAAAACUAGUGACGGUCAUUAUCGCACGUGUUACAUCGGGGAUUUACCUGAUGAUUUUCUAUGUGUGAAAUUUCUAUCAAAAUCCGAGCUCCAUCACCAAUCAAAACAUAUAUCGGGAAAUUUUGCAUCGCAAUGUAUUGAUGACGAUCAGCUAGCAGUACUUUUCGAAGAUGAAGCAUUCAUCAAUGAACUUCGACGUAACAAAGAUUUUCUGUCCACACUUCAAUCAGAUCAAGGCAAUCGCUCAAUAUCAGCAUCAGCAACUAAACAACGUCGCUCAACAAAUCUUCUUAGUAAUAAACCACCACCUCUACCAACUCCGCCAACCAUUGAAAUACCUAAAACGCCGAAAGUUCGAGCCACAAUGCUACAGAAUGUUUUGACACAAAUUGAACAAGGACGAACAAUGAAAACGUCAAUGGUCCCCGAAGAAUUAGUUACUCAAGACGAAGGAUAUUCGUAUGGAAAAAACAAUACAGAACGCAUUCCACUUCCACCUGCACCGUUAGUAGCUGAAUUCGAUCCCGCAAGACCUGAGAGUAAUGAAGAAUUUAUUGGUCGCUUAAAACAUAUGGGAAAAAAUUCUAUGGAAAAAUUCACUCAAUUGGCUCGUCGUUUUUCGACGCGCAAAGAGCCAACAGGAGCCAAUGCUGGCAAAUAUUCGAAACAGCCAAUAAUAACCAAUACCAUCGACCGACAACGUUUAAACAAUGAUUUUGACAGUGAUGAUGAUCCCAUAUCCAUGAACAGCAAUAAUCCUAGUCGAUAUCUCGCGCCCGUCUAA